ACUCGUGCGUAACUUUCAGGUUAGCGAACAUUCACGAUUAAAGAUUUAUAUUAAAGUACAAACAUUAAAUGUCUGCCCUGGAAAUCAAUGAUUUAAAAAGUCAAAUUGACACUGUACCGUGUCGUACGGCUGAAAAUUCGAUAGGAGCUUUGGAUGCUUCUUCAGCAUUACACCCAUCCAAGGUGAAAGUAUCUAACGAUAGCUGCAUCGAAGAAGAUACUCAGACCGAUAAAGUUCAUGGGAAAGUUUCGGAUGAAACGUCCAAUUAUGAUUUAAUACAAAGGCCACGUACCUUAGAAGCUUUCAAAGAGCAAGAAUCCUUAACAGAAAUUUCUAAUUUAAAAUCCACGUUAAACUUAGACGAUCUUGACGAAGAUGAUGAAAUUUGGAUUGUCGAGAUUCCAAUUACCGUUGAUCCAAUGGAGUUGAAAAAUCAAGUCCUAAAUUUAGGUGAAAAAUCAAAACUUAAGUUUGGUAAAGAUCGUUAUUGCGCUGUAAAUAGAGAUUGCAAGCCUAAUCUUACAUGCGUAUUACGUGCCGAUGACGAUUCAGAGAUCUAUAAAGCAGUGAAUAUACAAACCACUGGGACAAUGAACAUAAGGAGAAAACUUUCUGGAUUAUCGAAGAAAGACUUCCAAUUUGAAAAAUUCAUAGGAAUACCAGAUUUGCAAAAUAUAAAAAUCAGACAUCCGUUCUUUGGUGCACAAUACGACGAAUCGAUAAAAAAAAAAGAGUAAACGCGUUAAAAUAUUAAUCGAGUGUUUGCAAGUCCAAAGGGAACAAAGUUUAAAGUGAAAUGAAUUCUGUUUAAUAAAAGUGAAACUUGGCUUGUAACCAAACCACUUAUCAAACUCUACAAUUUGAUAAGCGAUCCAUGAUAAUGGAUGUAAAUAAUAAUCCUAAUUAAUAAAAUAAUUUAUAUUAUUAUUGUUGAAUAAAGUGCCCGAAUGACUAAUUUAAGUGACAAGCUUACACGAAGCUCCUUGUGUAAUAUUUAUAACUGAUGCGCUGGUUAAAUAAAGACCUAAGUUACAAAUAUAAUUCCCAUUGGCAGUCUAGCUACUUCGACUCUGCAAAACAUUUCAAGCAAAUUGAAAAUUAUCAAUGUCAAAAUCUUAUGAAACAAACACCCUUUAAAAUUCCAACUUACACAGGCAGACAGAAAGAAAAAUUAACAAGACAAAAGAACGCGCAUCGGAAAGGGAAGGAUGAGAAGAAAUUCCAUUAAACUUUCCUUUCUCUCUUAUUUAAACGCACACUAACAAAAGUCUUCGCGGGCACGCACGCUAUUCGUCGAACACGUACUUGCCCAUAAGCACAGCACACACACAU